AUGGCAUUGAGACUGUUUUACCGACCUGGCCUCUCAACAACCAUAACAUUUCGAAACCAUCGUUUUGUUAAGAAAAACGAAUGCUUCCUUUCCUAUCUGAAAGAGGGGAAAGUAGCUAUUAGACUUGCAAAUGCUGGUGAUUUUGACGAGAUAGUAAAGCUGUCUAAGAGGAUAGAAGACAGAUUUGAUUAUGUUCCGUACAGGUUCCAUAAAUGGCUAGCGGCGCCCAACAGAAUCACUAUGGUUGCUGAAAAAGAAACGAAAGUGGUAGGGUUUAUCGGUUGCAGCGUCGUUGACCGGAAGGAGUCCAUGGUUCUUGACGCUGCAAGAGUUGAUCCUAAUCAUAGACAUCAAGGCAUUUACAGUUCUCUUAUUAAAUUUGGGAUUGAGCAAACCCGGGAAGAAUUUCCGACGGUGGCGCGUUUAAGGUACUCGUUGUGGUCUGGAAUGUACAAGGCAGUCAGAAAUGCAAUCCUAAAACUUCAGUUGGAAGAUAAAGAAGUGCAGUGUUACGAUUUUCUAACUUACAAAGUUGAGCCAAAGCGUGUCAAUUUUGGAUUCAAAUUACAAAACUUCUCGAAAAUUGUGCCGUGCACGAAGAAUGCAUUCCAAAAACGUAUCCUUGACAACGCUGGUACCACUGCGCUAUUUUCUAACAAUAUUCUUGUUAUUGACUGGCAUCCUUUUGAAGCCAUCCCAUCCAAUAUCGAGGACAUCAUGUCGCAACAGGAUCGAUAUUUAAUAGAUUUGUCAGGUGGUUGUCACGGAAACUUGACGCCAUCAUCUUUCAGUCUAGGAAGAUUCGUGCAGCUUGAUUCUGGAAUGUUAUGGACCUCAACAAUUUACGCUAAGGACUUAAAGCUUUGUCAGUCCCACGUGAUCCAUCAGUUGAUGAGUGCCUGUCAAACUGCACAAAGAAGCUUUCUAUUUAGCACCUAUCAAGAUCCCUCUCUUACCGAGUAUUGCAAAGAAGCUCUGAAGGACUUUCCAAGCGUUAAAAGUAUGAGAAAUGGUGAAUCUAUCCAAAAAAUGUAUAUCCUUGAAGCUGACCUGAGCGGUUGGAGGCAUCACGAUCUAUGA